CCAACUCUGAACCCAAAAGGAGGCAGGAAGGGCCAGGCAGGAAGGAAGCAAAUCCCUGGGGCCAGAAAGACUACUGUCCAGAAGUGCCUCAUGUCCCGUGGGGGCUGAACGAAUGAACACUGAGCCUGGCUGCCCAGCCAGCACCACUUGCCUGCUGCUGCCUAAGAACCAUGCUUGCUGCUGCCCUCCUGAGCCUGGCCCUGCUGGGCAGCGCCCACGCCUGUUCCACAGGCCCCCUGUCCAUGGCGGGCAUUGUGUGCCGUAUCACCAAGCCUGCCCUCCUGGUGUUGAAUCAGGAGACCGCCAAGGUGAUCCAGACAGUGUUUCAGCGGGCCAGCUACCCCGACAUCAAGGGCGAGAAGACCAUGAUGCUGCUUGGCCAGGUCAAGUAUGGUCUGCACAAUAUCCAGAUCAGCCACCUGUCCAUUACCGGCAGCCAGGUAGAGCUGACUGAAGCCAAGACCAUUGACAUCUCCAUUCAAAACACCUCUGCAACCUUCAAGGGGACCUUAAACUAUGGUUACACAAGUGCCUGGGGGUUGAGCAUUGAUCAGUCUGUUGACUUCGAGAUUGACUCUGCUAUUGACCUCCAGAUCAACUCACAGCUGAUCUGCGACUCUGGCAGGGUGCAAACAAAUGCCCCUGGAUGUUACCUGUCCUUCCACAAGCUGCUCCUGCAUCUUCAUGGAGAACGGAACCCUGGAUGGAUCAAGCGGCUGUUCACCAGCUUCAUUUCCUUCACCCUGAAGCUGGUCCUGCAGGGACAGGUCUGCAAAGAGAUCAGCGUCAUCUCCAACAUCAUGGCUGACUUUGUCCAGUCAAGGGCCGCUAACAUCCUGUCCAGUGGAGACAUUGGGGUGGACAUCUCCCUGACAAGAUGGCCUGUUGUCACAGCCACCUACCUGGAGUCCCAUCACAAGGGUCAUUUCAUCUACAAAAACAUCUCGGAGGACCUCGUCCUGCCCACCUUCUCACCAUCGCUGCUGGGGGAAUCCCGCAUGCUCUACUUCUGGUUCUCUGAGCAAGUUCUGGACUCCUUGGCCAAGGCCGCCUUCCAGGAUGGCCGCCUCACACUCAGCCUGACGGGGGACAAGUUCAAGGAAGCACUGGAAACCUGGGGCUUCACCAUCAAUCAGGAAAGCUUCUCAGAGCUUUUCAACAGCUGCACUCCCAGCCUGGCCCAAGUAACCGUGCACUGCCUCACGAGGCCCAGGAUCUCCUGUCAAAAAAAGGGUGUCGUGGUCAGUUCUUCCGUGAUGGUGCAAUUCCUCUUCCCACACCCAGAUGGGUUAGUGGCUCACACUUUUGAAGAGGAUGUCAUCACUACCAUCCAGGCCUCCUAUUCCCAGAAAAAGCUCUUCUUAAGCCUCCUGGAUUUCCAGGUUACACCAAGGAACGCUUCUAAGGAGGCUGAGAGCAGCUCCGUGGCCGUUCAGAGCUUCCUGCAGUCGAUGAUCGCCGCUGUGGGCAUUCCUGAGGUCAUGGCUCGGCUCCAGGUGGCACUUACAGCUUUCAUGAACAGCAAAGGCCUGCACCUUUUCAACAUCAUCAAUCCUGAGAUCAUCACUCAAGACGGCUUUCUGCUGCUGCAGAUGGACUUUGGCUUCCCAGAGCAUCUGCUGGUAGACUUCCUGCAGAGCUUGAGCUAGAAGCCCCUCAACACAGAAUGGAGCACAGACCGGAAACCAGGCUCGGUCUCCCAUCCCGAAUUCAGGCAUCUCCUUCCAUCAUGGUGCGAGACUGCCUUCCAAUUUCUCCCUGUCCUAAAGAGCACUUCCAUUAAAAUGCUGUAUCCAGUAA